AUGCUAAGAGAUCCUGUUGGUCGUCGUAUAUUAAAAGAACGACCGAUUGUUAGUUCGAAAUCGAUUGAUAUACCAUACUUAGAAACACUCCCUGAAGGAACAUUUGGAAAAGAGUAUACAAAAUUUUUAAGUAACGAAAAGGUCACUCCAGAUUCUCGAGUUAAGGUGCAAUAUAUUUAUGACGAAGAAUUGGCCUACGUAAUGCAAAGAUAUCGAGAAAGUCAUGACUUUUUUCAUACGUUAACUAAACUACCAACAAAUGUUGAGGGCGAAUUGGCUUUAAAGUGGUUUGAACUUAUUCAAACCGGAUUGCCGAUGACAUUUUUAAGUUCCACGUUUGGUAGCUUGUUAUUGUCGUCAAGAGAAAGAAAAAGACUGUUUUGCAAGUAUGUUCCAUGGGCUGUUCAAUGCGGUUCACAGAGUAAAUUAUUGAUGAAUGUUUAUUAUGAAGAAUGUUGGAAUAAGAAUAUUGAUGAAAUGAGAAAAGACUUAGGUCUUUAUCUUGUUGAUUAA